CUGUUCCCUUCUUGUGCUUACAUACUAAAAAGAAAGGUUAUCAUGGCUGCGCUGGAUGUCAGGAGCCAGAAAACUCUUUUGAAAACGGCUAUUCUUGGCUUAAUAGCCAUGGCAGCGUUCUCUUCGCGCCUGUUUAGUAUCGUUCGCUACGAAUCUGUCAUUCACGAAUUUGACCCUUGGUUCAACUAUCGCGCAACACGCAUGUUGGUGAAAGACGGUUAUUACGAAUUUUGGAACUGGUUCGACGAUCGUUCUUGGUACCCUCUCGGACGCGUCGUAGGAGGAACAGUUUACCCGGGCUUGAUGGUGACAGCUGCUGCCAUCUACAACGUUUUGCAUUUUCUCCACUUUCCUGUCGAUAUCCGCAACGUCUGUGUUCUUUUAGCGCCUGUUUUUUCUGGAGCCACAGCUUAUGCCACAUACUUACUGACGAGAGAACUGAAAGAUUCUUCCGCUGGUCUUUUGGCAGCUGCCUUCAUUGGCAUUGCUCCCGGUUACAUCUCACGUUCAGUCGCCGGUUCCUACGAUAACGAAGCUAUUGCCAUCUUCCUUCUGAUGUUCACGUUCUACCUGUGGAUCAAAGCUUUGAAACUGGGCUCAGCAAUGUAUGCUGCCUGUUCGGCCUUCUUUUAUUUCUAUAUGGUGGCUGCUUGGGGUGGUUACGUUUUCAUUAUCAAUCUGAUUCCGCUGCAUGUGUUUGUCUUGAUGGUGAUGGGCCGUUUCUCCAGUCGUGUGUACGUGUCCUAUUCGACUUUCUACGUCCUGGGUACUCUCAUGUCCAUGCAGAUCCCGUUUGUCGGCUUCCAGCCUACACGUACCUCUGAGCAUAUGGCGGCAUUAGGCGUUUUUGGCUUAUGUCAAAUUAUGGGCUUUGUACAACUCGUACGUAGCCAUGUUCAGGCCCAACAGUUCCAGGUGCUGUUGAAAGCUUUCGUCGCCGUGUCAUUUGUGUGUGGAUUCGCCGCUCUUGUCUUAUUGACGCUUGGAGGUUACAUCGCGCCGUGGACUGGAAGAUUUUAUUCUCUGUGGGAUACCGGCUACGCCAAAGUUCAUAUUCCUAUUAUUGCAUCUGUCUCAGAACAUCAGCCUACCGCUUGGCCAUCGUUCUUCUUCGAUUUGGAAAUGUUGAUCUUCCUGUUCCCUGCUGGUUUAUUCAUGUGCUUCCAACGAUUGCAGGAUGAACACGUUUUCGUCAUCGUCUAUGCCAUCUUCGCAUCCUACUUCGCAGGUGUUAUGGUUCGCCUGAUGCUGACCUUGACGCCAGUGGUCUGCGUUUGUGCUGGCAUCGCCAUUUCGACACUCCUCGAUACCUAUCUUGACUUUACUACAACGCAACCCUAUCGUUCUGCUGCCGAAGUUUCAGCUACCAAAAAGAAUCCCGCAACCCCAUCGUCAUCAGCUGGUUCAGCAUCAAACGAAAAGAAGAAAUCCAAACAGCAUCAGAUCAACGAAAAGAAGCAAGGCACGAACAAGAAAUCGUUUGGUAUUCUCAGCAAAGAUUCGCGAGCGGCUGUAUUGCUCAGCUUUGGCUUUUUCCUCAUUGUGUUCGUAUGGCACUGUACAUGGGUUACUUCGAGCGCUUACUCCAGUCCCUCCAUUGUGCUUGCCUCGCGUAAUCCAGACGGCUCACAGCACAUCAUUGACGACUUCCGAGAGGCCUACUAUUGGCUACGAAAAAACACAAAGGAAGACGCGAAAAUCAUGUCUUGGUGGGAUUACGGCUACCAGAUUGCUGGCAUGGCUGACCGACCCACCCUUGUGGAUAACAACACGUGGAAUAACACUCAUAUUGCAACUGUUGGUCGUGCCAUGGCCUCCAACGAAGAGGACGCUUAUGAAAUCAUGAGAAAACAUGAUGUGGAUUACGUGCUCGUGAUCUUUGGAGGUUUGCUUGGUUAUUCGGGCGACGAUAUUAACAAAUAUCUGUGGAUGAUUCGUAUCGCCGGCGGCGUUUGGCCCGAUAAAAUCAAGGAAUCUGACUUCUUCACACCGUCUGGCGAAUAUCGAAUCGACGAUCUCGCUUCUCCAGCAAUGAAAAACUCACUUAUGUAUAAGCUAAGCUAUUAUCGUUUCAGUGAACUGUUUGGCGGACAGCCAGGAAUAGAUCGCGUGCGCCAGCAAAGAUUGCCUAUUCAUGGUCCAGAGUUAUCAGUGGUGGAUGAAGCUUUUACCUCGGAAAACUGGAUUGUUCGUAUUUACAAAGUCAAGGAUUUGGACAAUCUUGGACGAUCCCAUAAGGCUGCUGUCGACUUCGAUACAGGCAAGAAAAAGAAGAAGACCCACAGAAGCCAAAAAAGCAGAGAACGUAGACAGCGAGCAGAAAGCUAAGCAAAUCAUCACAUAAAAUAAAAUAUCGAUACUGUUGUACUGUAUGAUCUGAUGAA